AUGGAGGGCCUGGGCCGCUCGUGCCUGUGGCUGCGCCGGGAGCUGUCGCCCCCGCGGCCGCGGCUGCUGCUCCUGGACUGCCGAAGCCGCGAGCUGUACGAGUCGGCGCGCAUCGGCGGGGCGCUGAGCGUGGCCCUGCCCGCGCUGCUGCUGCGCCGCCUGCGCAGGGGGAGCCUGUCGGUGCGCGCGCUCCUGCCCGGACCCCCGCUGCAGCCGCCCCCGCCCGCCCCGGUGCUCCUCUACGACCAGGGCGGGGGCCGACGCCGGCGCGGGGAGGCCGAGGCCGAGGCCGACGAGUGGGAGGCCGAGUCGGUGCUGGGCACCCUGCUCCAGAAGCUGCGGGAGGAAGGCUACCUGGCCUACUACCUCCAGGGUGGCUUCAGCAGAUUCCAAGCUGAGUGCCCUCACCUGUGUGAGACCAGCCUCGAUGGCCGUGCAGGCUCGAGCACAGCCCCGGUGCCCAGCCCAGUGCCCGUGGUGGGGCUGGGUGGCCUAUGCCUGGGCUCCGACUGCUCCGACGCGGAGUCCGAGGCUGACCGAGACUCCAUGAGCUGUGGCCUGGAUUCGGAGGGCACCACGCCCCCCCCAGUGGGGCUGCUGCCAUCCUUCCCUGUCCAGAUCCUGCCCAACCUCUACCUGGGCAGUGCUCGGGAUUCGGCCAACUUGGAGAGCCUGGCUAAGCUGGGCAUCCGCUACAUCCUCAAUGUCACCCCCAACCUCCCUAACCUCUUCGAGAAGAAUGGCGACUUUCACUACAAACAGAUCCCCAUUUCUGACCACUGGAGCCAGAACUUGUCCCAGUUCUUUCCGGAGGCCAUUGCAUUCAUCGACGAGGCCUUGUCCCAGAACUGCGGAGUGCUCGUCCACUGCCUGGCGGGAGUCAGCCGCUCCGUCACCGUCACCGUGGCCUACCUCAUGCAGAAGCUCCACCUGUCGCUCAACGAUGCCUACGACCUGGUCAAGAGAAAGAAGUCAAACGUGUCGCCCAACUUCAACUUCAUGGGGCAGCUGCUGGACUUCGAGCGCAGCCUGCGGCUGGAGGAGCGGCGCUCCCGGGAGCGCGGUGGCGGGGCGCAGGAGCCGGCGACCUGCGACCAGCCGUCAUUCUUCACCACACCCACCAGCGAUGACGCCUUCCAGCUGGACCCCACCUAA